AUGUCGGAUGAAGGUGCCCACUUCGAGCACAAGGCUGAUACCGGAGCCUCCAAGACCUACCCCCAACAAGCUGGAACCAUCCGUAAGAAUGGCUACAUCAUCAUUAAGAAUAGGCCCUGCAAGGUUUUUGAAGUCUCCACUUCCAAAACUGGCAAGCAUGGACAUGCGAAGUGCCACUUUGUUGGAAUUGAUAUUUUCAGUGGAAAGAAGCUCAAAGAUUUUGUUCCUUCCUCCUAUAACUGUGAUGUCCCUCAUGUCAACAACGCUGAUCUCCAGCUGAUUGACAUCUCUGAAGAUGGAUUUGUGUCUUUCCCACUGAAAGUGGAGGUACUAAAGAUGACCUAAUCGAAGCUCCCCACAGAUGAUAAUAUGCUUGCCCAGAUUAAAAACAAUUUUGAGGAAGGAAAGGAUCUGGUUCUAAGGGCGAUGUCUGCAAUGGGUGAAGACCAAAUUUGCAUCGUGAAGGAUAUUGUUAAAAAUUAGAGUGAACCUCAAAACAAGUCAUCAACCUUUAAUAUAUUCUCACUCUAGGUCAUCAAUUAAAUUUAUUUGUAACACAGGUUACGUUACUUAAGUUUUAAUCCAUUUCAGAU